CUCGUCUCUCUCACUGUAAUUCAAUUCUCUCCGAACACUCGUGUCUCGUGCGUCGAUGCGAAUGGCCGUGUCUACGACUUUGGCGUAGGACCACGUGUCCCUUGGAUAUCCUGCAUGUGCUUACGGAAGUGUUUGCGUGCUUCACGUAUAAAUAGCAGUGGUCUCACCUCUUGUUAGUGUCUAACAAUAGUAUCAGGUUGACGAUGCACCAUUCAAAAUAUGUUCAACGUUUGGUAUCACCUACCACUUAUUUCCUACGACUCACUAUAGUAGUGAUGAUGAUAGCAGCUGCAGCGACUAUUUUGCAUUUCAGUCAUUACACACCCAAACAGACGUUCCUAUCAUGCGAUCGUCCGUGUCAUCAUUUGGACUGGCCAAUGAUCUGUCGGGUCAAACUGACACUGGAAGUCUUCCAGUCACUUAGCAAAUCUUGCGGCGACUGUCCCGCGAAUGAAACAGCCUGUCUCGCCAAUCAUUGCGUUUCCGCCGAUGGACAGAAACGAGGAUUAUUGACAGCCAAUCGACAAAUGCCUGGACCAAGUAUACAGGUUUGCGAAAAUGAUAUUCUGGUUGUCGACGUGGUGAAUCGUCUACCGGGUAAAGCUGCCGCUGUUCAUUGGCGUGGUCAAUCACAAAUUGAAACACCCUGUAUGGAUGGGGCUCCAUUGAUUACUCAAUGUCCUAUACCGAGUUACACGACAUUUCAAUAUAAAUUUCGUGCAGCAGCACCAGGAACUCAUCUCUGGCACGCUCACUCUGGUGCUGACAUGGCUGAUGGAAUCUUUGGCUCGUUGAUCGUGCGACAGGCAGACCUCAGAGAACUUCACAGAGCGUUGUACGACAUUGAUGAUCCCAAUCACGUGAUGCUGAUCACACAGUGGCAGCAUACAGCCGGUACCGAUGCUAAUUUCAAAUCAUCGAUAAUCCUUGUCAAUGGUAAAGGACGUCAACCUGGUGGACCUCAAGUACCUUUGACGACCUUCAAAGUCAUCCCAGGUCGUCGACACAGAUUCCGUGUAGCCAAUGCAGGAGGAUCCGGUUCUUGUCCAAUGAUGAUUUCCAUCGAUGAUCAUCCCUUACUGGUUAUCGCUCUGGACGGUCAUCCUGUCAGUCCACAACAAGUGACUUCGAUCAGUCUUGCCAAAGGGGAACGUGUGGAUUUUGUAUUGAAAACAAAUAAACGGAUAUUCACAUACAGAAUCAAUGUGGAAGCCAGUGAAGCGUGUGAGGACAAUAUCCUUAAUGGAGAAGCAAUACUCAAGUAUAAAGGAAGUCCGGAAGUGAAUCUUUCAGAAAAAAACAAAAUCGCCCAUAACGAUGAUAUUGACAAUAUUCUUCAGAAAGAAUUGGCAAUGACAACCAAUAUAAUAGAGAAUUGUGAAAAUCCAGUGAAAUUAUGCUUAACGGAAAUGAAAGCAAUGCGCAAGAUGUAUAAAUCAUUAACAAAGAAAAGAAUGGACGUGACUCUCUAUCUUCCUAUCAAUUACAAAAUACAGUCUGCAGAUUUUACAGGAAGCGGUCAAGUGGAUGCCAGAGUAUUGAAUGUGGACAACGCGACUUUCACGUUUCCGUCAUCCCCGUUAUUGACCCAGCGUGAUGACGUGGCGCAGGGUCUGAUAUGUGGCGGUGGAGGCGAUUCCGACGGAGACGAGACAAGGGCGUCGGGUAACUGUCGUCGCGACGCCGGCAAUGAAUCUCCUACGUGCGAAUGCGUUCACGUGCGUCGUAUUCCUCUGGGUGCAACUGUUGAGAUUAUUCUUCUGGACCAAGGUGGCCUCGAUGAUCUGGUUUAUCAUCUUCAUGGCUACAGUUUUCACGUGGUAGCUGCACGCAAAUUUGGCAAGAGCAUUGCUCUUAAGGACAUUAAGGAUUUGGAUGAAGACGGUGCACUGUUUUCGAGGAAUUUGGAUUGCGCGCCUUUAAAAGACACAGUGACUGUACCAAAAUAUGGCGCAGUUGCAUUGCGAUUCAAAGCCGACAAUCCUGGAUUUUGGAUGCUGAGGGACGAACAUGCAUCAGGAUGGACCAGAGGCUUAGACCUUAUUCUUCAGGUUGGAGAACAGAGUGACAUGAUUCCCCCACCAGAAGAUUUUCCAAAAUGUGGCUCUUUCGUCGGUCCUGAUUAUUUCCUUAUUUAAAUAAACAAAAAAUGGCCACAGGACUGAUGUAAAUAAUUGUAAAUAAUCACAUUGGAGAACACGGAGAACAUUGCGUUCUCCAGGACGGACUAGAAUUAUAUUUAGCAUUAGAUAUUUUGGUAUUUUUCUAGAUAUAAAGCAUGGUUCACACUGUACGCUCGAAGAGCGUGUAAUAAAAGCCAAUACAUUA